GAAAUUUGCUAUCUUAAAUAAUCAAUAUUAUAAAAAAAAAUUAUUCCUGAUAUUUAAAGGCUAAUCACCGACCAACAAAAGUAAGAAAAACAAUAUGAAAUUUGCUUAUAAAGAAAUGCUGUUUUUAAUCAUUGCUGCUACAAUAUUACUGGCAAGAGCUGGAAAUGUACACGAUAUCCAGAAACGCGCCACAAAAGCUGAAGAAGAGCAAGCUCGCGUACAAACAUAUCAACUGCGUUUACAAAACACAAUCGCAGCAAAAUAUAACAAGAGUGAACUCACAAAGAUGAGAUCAGAUCCUCUUCAAUGUUAUUCAUGUCAAGAUGCAAAGACGAACGAAGAAUGCAAUGCUGGAGGAAUGGUGACUUGUCUUCCAACACAAACUUCUUGUCAAACUGAGAUCAGAAUAUUUAAUCCAACUGAUAGCGUCAGUGUCAGAAUAAAGAAGGGCUGCAAGCAAGAUCGCGCUUGUCACAACAACUUCUUACAAAACGACCGUAAAGCUUGGCCUUCAACACAGUGUAAGACGAUACCAAGAACUUCUUUAUCAGUAUGUAGAUACUGCUGCACCGACCCUGGAUGUAACAAAGCAUUGCCUGCUCAUGUAUGCGGACCGAUAUCUCCUCCCGAGAAUGGGCACGUGUCUUGUUCAACUUCAAAAGUUCAAUCUUCAGUUUGUACUUUCACGUGUGAUCCGUGUCAUAACCUGGUUGGAUCCAGAGUUCGAAUGUGCUUAGAAGACUCUGCAUGGUCAGGAACGGAAACGAAAUGUGUAUAUGAUAACUCGCUUCCUGGUUGCGCGGUGGGUACAACAUGUCCAGCAAAAUCUAUCUUGUCUCCGGACAAUGGAAACGUUGAAUGUUCGAACUCUAACAAAUUUGGAUCUGAAUGUCGAUUCAUAUGUGAUAGAGGAUACAUGAUUAACGGAAAACGUGUUUUAAGAUGCAAUGAGAAUACAAGAGAUUGGGACGCAGUGAGACCCAUCUGUGUUAGAGGUGAUGAUACUUCCAAUCCUUGCAACGUUUUCGCCGUUUUUGAUUUCGCUUCCGAUGGAAAACUUGAAUGUGAAUGCAGUACUGGAUUUCGAGGUGAUGGUUACAUUUCCUGCGAAGACGUAAACGAAUGUCAAGAAGGAUCCCACGUUUGCGAUUCAAACGCAAUGUGCAUCAAUACAUUGGGAUCUUACAGAUGCAAAUGCAAAGUUGGUUACGUCGGAAACGGACGGGAAUGCCGUGACAUUAACGAGUGUACGUCAUCAGCAAACGAUUGUGACGUGGAAAAUGGACUUUGCAUUAACAUCGAUGGCGGAUAUACAUGCACAUGUAAGCCAGAAUACACGGGAGAUGGCGUGAAUUGCUCAAAAGUGAAUCUGUCCUGUCCUGGAGGGCUAGUCGAUGAUCUUUGCUUACCCGAUGAACCAGCACAUGGCGAAGAUCCGACAAAACCAGUUGAGUUAAUGGAGGAAGAACCGCCUACUGAUAAGCAACUCUUUUCUGAUGGUUUCUCUUCUCUUGCUAAAGUUGAUAGUUGCGUAAGAUUGACUGAACAUAGACCUUCGAUGGUGCGAGAUCCGAACACUUAUGAAAACAUGAACAAAAAAUUACUGAAUAAAUUGAUGUCAUAUUCCAACAGUAGUCGAAUAGUAUUCGGUCCAUGGAUAGGAUUAGACGAUAGAAUUGAAAGCGGAGUACUGAGAUGGAGAGACGGUAAACCGCUUGACCGAAAGGACUUUCAAGUGUGGGCUCCCGGUCAACCGAAACUAUUAGAAGAUGGAGGUUUGGGAAAUUGUGUGAACCUUAUAUCCGAUCCUGUUUCCAGUCAUACAACAAGCUUCUUAUGGCAAGUCACGUUGUGCAGCAGUGCAACUCGAUAUGUAUGUGACACUGAGCGAAGUGAUGAACCAAUUGUUUCUCUCUGCAUCCCUCUUGUGGAUCCAACACACGGCAAAGUCUCCUGCUCAAAUGGUUGGAGAAUCAACUCAGUAUGCUCGUAUUCUUGCGACCCUGGUUAUAUUCUCCGAGGCCCGAGCAGUAGAAUUACUUGCCAAUCUAAAAAUAUGAUGUGGGGAUAA